UCCGUUGUGUCACAAUGCUGCUCUUCUGGAAGUCAGCAGAAAUGCUUCGUUUGGUGCCACCAGUGAUGGCAAUGUCACCUGUUGGUGUGAGCUCUGUGCAGGAAGUACAGCAGCCAGCUUCUGUUGGUGGUGUGCUGAGAGCUCUGCUGUGUGGGUCAGGGAGGGUUUUAACUGUAGGUGGGUCCAAGAAGAUCCCGCUGUGCGCCGGCUGCAAUCAACACAUCGUGGACAGGUUCAUCCUCAAGGUCCUGGACCGGCACUGGCACAGCAAGUGCUUGAAAUGUUCCGACUGCCAGACGCAGCUGGCCGAGAAGUGCUUCAGCCGCGGGGACGGCGUGUACUGCAAGGAGGAUUUCUUCAAGCGCUUCGGGACGAAGUGUGCCGCCUGCCAGCAGGGCAUCCCCCCGACCCAGGUGGUGCGCCGGGCCCAGGACUUCGUGUACCACCUGCACUGCUUCGCCUGCAUCGUCUGCAAGCGGCAGCUGGCCACCGGAGACGAGUUCUACCUGAUGGAGGACAGCAGGCUGGUGUGCAAGGCUGACUACGAGACGGCCAAGCAGAGAGAGGCCGAGUCCACGGCCAAGAGGCCCCGCACCACCAUCACGGCCAAGCAGCUGGAGACCCUCAAAAACGCCUAUAACAACUCGCCCAAGCCGGCGCGGCACGUCCGGGAGCAGCUCUCGUCGGAGACGGGAUUGGACAUGCGGGUGGUGCAGGUCUGGUUCCAGAACCGCAGGGCCAAGGAGAAGCGAUUGAAGAAGGACGCGGGGAGGCAGCGCUGGGGGCAGUACUUCAGGAACAUGAAGCGGUCCCGGGGGAGCUCCAAGUCCGACAAGGACAGCAUCCAGGAGGAGGGGCCCGACAGCGACGCCGAGGUCUCCUUCACAGAUGAGCCCUCCAUGUCCGAGAUGAGCCACUCCAAUGGGAUUUACAGCAAUCUCAGCGAGGCGUCCCCGGCCCUGGGGAGGCAGGCUGGGACAAAUGGGGGCUUCGCUCUGGAUCACAGCGGCAUCCCAGCUCAGGACCAGUACCACGACCUGCGAUCCAACAGCCCCUACGGGAUUCCCCAGUCACCGGCUUCUUUGCAAGCUCUGCCAGGCCACCAGCCCUUAAUCUCCAGCUUGGUUUACCCCGACAGCGGUUUGGGCAUCAUGGGACAAGGUGGACAGGGGGUGCCCCAGUCCAUGCGGGUCCUGGCCGGGAAUGGGCCCAGCUCUGACCUCUCCACCGGCAGCAGUGGGGGAUACCCGGAUUUCCCCGCCAGCCCGGCCUCCUGGCUGGAUGAAGUCGACCACGCUCAGUUUUGA